AUGGGACAAGGUCGACUCGAAGGUAAAGUCGCGAUAGUGACAGGAGGAGCCAGCGGUUUCGGCAAAGGCAUAGCAACCAAAUUCGUUGGCGAGGGUGCCAAAGUCAUUAUUGCAGAUCUGUCCAAAGAUGCAGCUGAAGCUGUAGCAAAAGAGCUGGGAUGUCGUUCUAUGCUGACCGAUGUGACGAAGCGAGAGCAUUGGCAGGCACUGUUGAAAUUUGCCCAGGACGAAUUCGGCGGCCUCGAUGUCAUCGUCAACAAUGCUGGAACCACUUACAAGAACAAGCCGACCGUCGAAGUCACCGAUCAAGACUUUGACUUGGUCAUGAAUGUCAACGUCAAGUCGAUAUUUCUUUCAAGCAGCGUCCUUGUCCCAUACUUUCUGGAGAAGAAAAAGCCAGGGGUUUUCAUCAACAUAGCAUCGACCGCUGGCAUUCGACCACGUCCCGGCCUCACAUGGUACAACGCUUCCAAAGCAGCUGUCAGUAAUGCAACCAAGACUAUGGCUGUCGAGUACGGUCCACAGAAGAUUCGGUUCAAUGCCGUCUGCCCUGUGGUUGGAAGCACUGGCUUAACUCACCUUUUCAUUGGAAAGCCAGAUACGGAGGAGAACCGAGCUGGGUUUGUCUCGACAGUUCCCCUGGGACGCGGCAGUACUCCAAAGGAUGUGGCCAAUGCUUGCUGCUACCUGGCCAGCGAUGAGGCCGAGUUUAUCACCGGUGUAAACCUAGAGGAAUCUAGGUCGACGGUGGCCGAUGUGUAUAGACUCCAGAAAGCGUACAGGCUAGGCAAAGAUGUAGGGAUACGGCAAGUUACGAAGCGAGGGAGCCGAGUAGAAUUCGCAAUUCGACAAGGGAACUUGCCGGAGGCGCGCAUGGGUGUCAUCUAUGAAGCUGAAGAGGUUGAAAGCAAAUCACUGAGACACAACUAUAAAAUAUAUGUUAAUUCUGAACACUCCUGUUGUAACAACCAGUAG